AUGUUAAAGGAGGAUAGCUUUAAGGGCUCCCGUGUCGGGCCAAAUAAUGUGAGCACACGUAGACGGACUUCAUUAUCGUCAGUGUUUUUGCCUGGAUAGCGUUGGUUUAAAGGAAGCGUAGGAAAUAUUCCUGUCACACAUUACGCAAGCAUAUCCUGUGCUUUCUGAAUAAGGAACCGGAACGUCUUUUUCAAAAACUCAAAUUGACGAUCAUUUGCAAGUAAAAUUUUAAACGCGAACUCAACGUGAUCUAACUGCCAUAUUACUGGUUAUGAGUGGGACUACACACAUUUCCACUUUACGAAGUAAAUAAGCCAUGGCGUACGCGUGUGGCACGGACAAAACUUGGAGAUAUCAUGGAAUACGGGUGUAUGUGCCCUAACUGACUUUAAGUAAACCAAAACGCAGUGGAAGAUCUUUGCAGCAAGCGUUGUAUAGUGAGCACAAAGCAAGGCGUAGCUUAUGUCUUGACCUGAUUAUUGAACGACCUGCGGAAUGUGCAGGUACGGCAACACGUGCAAAGAUGUGAGGCCCAAAUGGACUACCUUGUUCGUCUUCCAUGCAUAAACCGCAAAAUAAAAGAUGAUUUUACAUACCAAACGUAGUUAAAACUGCUUCUUUAGGACCUCCACAUCCGUUUCACUGGAGCCGUGUUUUGUUUGUUUUGUCGGGUCUUCAAUCGUUCUUUGUUGUUUUAUGACUGGUAAUGUAAUCGUGCACGACAAAUAAACACUUACCUGUCUGUGGUCUGUUAAUUUUUGUUAAGCUCUCUGCAACUGACGCCUAGAAGUCUGGUGUGACUGUGGUAGUUGCAGCAGAAACAGCGUGCCUGUUGAUUCGUCUACUCGUCGUAGUGUGAAUUUCUGAAUUGUAGAUGUUCGCGUGAAUUGGGUGCGAAAACUUUGACUGGAGAAGUGGGCGUACCUUAACCCUCAUAACAGUUUGUACUAAGUUUCGUCCAAGAAAUUGAAAACAAAAUGCACAGCACUCUUUUGACUGCCCUACGUGCCUGAUGAACCUCUUGGACGGUGUACGCAAAGCAGGCACGUCGCCUGAACCACUUCCACCUCAGUUGUCUUCGUCGCAUCCUGAGGCUGAAGUGGCAGGAUCAAAUCCCCGACACUGAUGUGCUGGAACGGACGGGAAUCCUCAGCAUCUACGCCAUACUGAGGCAAAUUCAGCUGCGCUGGAGCGGCCACCUGGUGCGCAUGGACGACGAGCGACUACCCAAAGGACUCUUCUAAGGAGACGUCGCGACGGCUUCUCGCCGUCGAGGAGGCCAGAUUCGCCGUUACAAUGAUACCCUGAAGUCCUCCCUGAAAACCCUACAAAUCAACCCCGACAACUGGGGGGAGCUCUCACUCGAUCGACUGACCUGGAAGAGGACAGUGAAGACAGGUGCUGCGAUCUACGAAGCCAACCGCAUCGCUGCCGCCAAAGCGAAACAUGAAGCCUGCAAAUCACAACUUCGCCUAGUACGCAACGCCGCCGCACAACCGCUUCCAACGGACAUUCUGGGCUCGAAUCGGACUUGUUGGACAUCUUCGGAUUAACUGCGUCUCUCGAACGGCACCAACCAUCGUCCUCUCGCCCGCCUCUUCCUCCUCCUCUCCGCCGCCAACUAAUUCUGACAAUUCUUCUGACCCACCACUUCCAUCCCCCUCCUGCUCCUCUUCCUCCUGCUCCUCCUACCCCUCCUUAUCCUCCUCCUUCUCCUCCUCCUCCUCCUCCUCCUCCUCCACCACCACCACCACCACCACUGCCCCAACGGUGGCCGCUCAGGCGGCCGUCUCGCACAUCACCAACCACGACACAACAACAGACACCACCCCCACCUCUCCCGACUCCAGCGAUGAGGAUCAGGACAGCACCUGCCCUCACUGCGACCGCACCGUCACCUCACUCAUCGGCCUGGUCGGUCACUUGCAAUCCAUCGCACAGAGACGGGCAACCCAGUGCCUGGAGCACCAACCUACACCCACCGCACUCUCCUCCACUGCCCACACUGCCCUCGCACCUUCAGACAUCGCAUGGGCCUUUUCGGCCACAUGCGCAUACAUGAGAGCGGAAUUGACCACAAUUCCGACACACCCACCACGUCCAACACAUCCACCAUGCCCAGCACCACCCCUGCUCCAUCGCCAUACGCGCCCAUCACCACUGCCUCCUCUACAGCUGACACCGACACCACCGACCUCUCAUGCCCACACUGCCCACGCACGUUCACCUCACACAUCGGCCUGGUCGGUCACUUGCGAAUCCAUCGCACAGAGACUGGCGAACCAGUGCCUGGAGCACCCAUCCACACCCACGACACUCGCCUUCACUGCCCACAUUGCCAUCGCACUUUCAGGCAUCGCAUAG